UAUAUUCUCACACGUGUUUACUUUCACGAAUCGUGUUGUUAGGAUACACAAGCGCAGCUAUCGUACAAAUGUAUUAGGAUAUAAAAUACGCUGAAAAUAAAACUCAUAACCAAAUGCGAAAACAAAAACAAAGAAAUACAGAAUAGUGACAAGGCAGAAAGGAAGGUAGCAAGGGACCCAGGCAUUUAUUUUUAAAGGGUAAUCAUCACGUUUUACGCCCGGCAGAGAGGCGUAUCGAUUGUGUCGGAACCCGACUAGUUCACGCGGAAAUAAAUACAUUGUUUCCUUUUUACCUGCAAUGAAAAGUUUCAACCUUAAUAGGACUAUUGUUAUGUAUAAUACAAAAAAAAAAAAAAAAAAAAAUAUAUAUAUAUGAAUAAAAUCACGUCUCGCCUCUUACUAGCUUUAGUUUUCUAUAGACUACUUAAACACGAACUCCUAAAUUUAUUGACCGCACUUGUCCCUCAAGGAAAGGGUCAACUCGUUCUAGACGUGUAGUCUGAUCGUUGGUGGAGCUCAUUCUGUCUCAGUCUCUCUCCCAAGUAGGUCUGUUGCGUUCAUUUCUUCCGCAUUUCCUCUGUAAAGCCUAUAAAGGGAAAAACUGCCGCAAAAUGAAGAUCGCUGAGCGACCCAUAUUAAUCGUCAUAAUAACUGGGAUUCUGGUAUUGGUCUAUUUCUUCUCGAGGGAAAAGCCACCCACAAGUUUACUCACCCCCAAAAAUUCUUUGACAAUGGACAACCAACCCCCUGCAGUCAGCGUACAAACGGAGGCCCCCGAGGUACUUAUACCGGAGGAGUUCCCUCUCCUCUCGGCACAGGACCCGGUUCUUGUUGCGUAUGUCAAGCAGCGACUCCUACAGCCGCCUGCAGUAGGAGAUUACAACCUCUCGCAGCCCGACAGAAAGCACUUCUCGCAGUACACGCAGAGUCGGAUCGCAUGUAGACUUCUUGAAGGAUUAGAAAAAGGCUUCUUCUUGGAAGCCGGAGCACUGGACGGAGAAGACAAGAGCAACAGCUUGUACUUCGAGAGGGAGCGGUCCUGGACGGGCCUCCUCGUGGAGCCGGACCCUUCGCUGUACAAAACGCUCGUCUCGAAGAAGCGUAAAGCGUUCUCCAUCAACGCGGCCUUCUCGCUCGCCAACGCGUCGGAUGUGGCCAACUUCGUACCACACCGAGGACUGGGCCACCUGGUGCCGAAAGGACACAAAGGGAUACCUGUGAAGACUGUCCCCAUCGCCACCUUGCUGCGCGCUCUGGACGUCUCUCAGAUCGACUACUUUUCCAUAGACAUCGAGGGAGCCGAGCUGAAGGUUCUCGCGACAUUUCCGUGGGAUAAAGUCAAGAUUCGACUGAUGUGCAUCGAAGUUAACCACAUAGGGAUCGAACGUGUGAAUUCCUUCAUGGAGGAACGAGGAUACAUGUACGUCGGCAAGCGAGAUAUCGACGCGUGGUAUGGGUGGAAGGACCUGCUUCAGGAAACGAUCAAUGUAGAGGAAUAUCCAAAGGAGUUAGCUCCCUUGUGCAAUGAUUAAGUUGUAGGCAGUGUUUAAAAGGAUAUCCAAAGGAAUUGUAUGGUGUUUUGUCUAGAUUUCUCAGGUAUUAGAUAGAUUAUAAUUUAGGGUGUGGCAUUGUUGUGGCUUUUGAUUUUCUUUUAGUUUUGUGUUCUUAAUCUUCAUCUGACACCUGCGGUUUUUUUUUUUUUUUUAUCGCAGCACCGACCAUGCUCAUCUAUCCUUUCCUGUAAGCCUCGCAAUAACCCCUUACAAUAAUUUUCAUUCUUUCAUGAAACGGAAUGAUCAUUGGGCUGAUCAGCCGUGGCAUCCCAAACAUUUGGGAUGUAGUCAAGAGCCAUAAAAUAAGCAAGUUUUUUCUUUACUCAUGGUUUCAUCGAAUUAGGAAUGCUAUCUCUGCCGUUCGUUCAGUAGGAAUAAAUCUCAGCCAGACAUAUUCUACCAUUUGCACUGAUAAACGAUUUCUACAGAAACCACUGACUUGCUGCCAGCAGCUUCACCGUAACCCUGAUAAGGGGAGCUCAUAGGGUACCAUCCUUGAACCCCAGGGCGCAGUUUAACUUCCUGCCUAGGACGUUAAGUACAGUGUUUGAUGUCACCUUGUCAUCAUGUAGUUGACUGGGUAUACUGGGGCAGCAGACCUAUGAUUGUUCCACAGGGGAGUAGUUGGUUAGGUAAUCACUGUUGGUGGUUCUCAACCCACGAUCAUAACUACGAUAUACUCAACCCCGUACAAAUCCGCACUCACAUUGCGCGCAUGUGAGUGUGUGUGCAGUC